AUGGACAAUCACGGGAAAUCCACUCCCCUCAAGGGACUGAGAAUCCUUCGUUCGAUAUUCUGCUUGAGCCCAAAGCAGAGAGAUUCGACAAAGAGUGAGACUCUUCACGGGAAUCUCACUAACAGCUGCCAGUGUGACGAAACGAAGCCGGCAUGUGUCAAAUGCACCAACCAUUCCAUUGAAUGUGACUUCCUCACAGCAGAGACCUCCUCUCUUUCGCCUGCCUCUUCAGUAUCUCAACCUGUAUCUUCAAAUACGCGGUUUAGAUUCAAACCUUCCAAAUAUCAAUCUAGCAAACGCUCAUCCUCGGUGACGAGUACACGCCAAGCGUCCCAAGAAGUCGUCCCAAGAUCAGAACCUGCUGUGCCAGAAUUACCCCAGCAGGAAACACUAUCGUUUGACGACCUCAGACUGUUCCACCACUUUGUCACAGAAACCUACCGCACCCUAGCCGACCAGUCAACCGACCGCAAUCGAGUAUGGCAAUGCCGGAUCCCCGAAUGGGGAUUCUCCACUCCGUCGAUCUUCCAUCUCAUGCUAGCAAUGUCAGCGUUACACAAAGGCCAUCUCAAUCAAGAUCAACGAGAUCAGUACGUAAUGCAAGCAGAUGCGCAUUUCACAUUCGGCAUUCGAUCCGUCUCUGCAAUCCUAUCACGGCUGAACGCAGAUAACUGUCAAUUGAUCUACAUGUCUGCCGUGCUGAUCUGCUUUGUGUACUUUGCUCACGGCCCAAGACCCGGCGAGUACCUCGUCUUCAGUCAGACGGGAAAAGCAGAAUGGCUUGUUCUCAUGAGAGGAGUGCGAUCUAUCCUGAUGUCUCACUAUGAGAGAAUCUUCAGCGGUGUUCUGGAAAUUCAAGAUGAUCCCACUAUCCAGGGAGUCAACCCGUCGCUGCAGGAUGAGUUGAGGGGGCAUCUGUCUCGCAUUGAAGGUGUGCAGCUCUUCAUUCAAGCGCAGGUUGGCGUGGAUCACUGCGAGAUAUACUCGGGCGCUCUGGAUAAUUUGAAAGAAAUGUUCGAGGAAGCAUAUCAGAUAUACAGUGCGCAGAAAGAUGGAACCUGUUUCAUGUCUGUUGUGGUUGGAUGGAUAUACCGGCGGCCAGAGGAGUUUAUUUGCUUGCUUGAAGGGAGAGACCCAUACUCGUUGGUUAUUCUUGCGUAUUGGUGCGUGCUUUUGAAGUUUAUGGGAUCGUCGUGGAUGAUGAUCGGCUGGGACCGCCAUGUCAUCGGAGGAAUCCAAGAAUGCCUGGCUAGUGAGUUCCACCCAUACAUAGAGUGGCCUGUAGGUGUGAUCUGCAGUUGA